GCCUACCGGGUCUUCGCCGGCGAGCCGCCAUCGCCGGAGCAGGAGCCGGAGCGCAGAAGGUCAACAGCGCACCAAUCCUUCGUCUAGGCGUGGGCACAGCCGGAGCGGAGACCGGCGUGGGAGAAACACGCCUCCGUCUAGGCGUAGCCGCAGCCGGAGCCAGAACCAGAGCGGGGGCAAUAGCAGGGCGACCAGCAGUGACAGCAGUCGCGGCGGAAAAGGGGGACGGAGGUCAGGCCACGGUAACAGGCAAGUGAUGUAUGAUCGAGGGCGAUGCUGGUUUGCCUUGGUCUUCCACGGGAGCGAGAGCGAGGCAGGAGGCUCUUCACGCUGCGGACGCCGCUGCAGCGGAGGCCGACACCAUCCGCAUUCAAGACAAGAUGGACAAGCUGAAGCCGGAACAACUUGAUAGUGUCACACGCUUGCCCCUCGGUCCUGAUCCUGAUGAAUUUGCUCGCUUCGCGUCUAGCUGCAAGGGUGUGGUCACAGAGAUCCUCAACAAAAGCGACGUCAAGCGCAAGCAGACUUUCAAUUCCUCCACCUGGGUCACCGGAUGGCUUCCGUUGUUGCGCAAACGUGUCCGUGCUGCUGUCGUUGAAGGCCAAACCACCAACCGUGCCACUCUGGAAUUUCUUGAUGCCACCUUCCUACAGGUAGAAAACCAUCUGCGCAAGGAACCGGCAGGGCCCUCGACGUACGCCUUCUUCAUCCAGAAAUUGGCGGCCGCCUGGGACACUCAAGACAAGAGCUCGGGGAUUGAUCGUCUUCGCAGUUUUGGCGUAUCCAACGGCGAGACUUACGGAGAAUACAUCCGUCGCUAUAAGGCUCUGGCCAUGACCGUCAUGGUUUCCCACCACGCGUUCAAGCCUUCGGAUGCGCAAGUGCAGAUAGCUGUUCGAGACUCCAUGUUGAAGCAGUUUCCGGUAGUGUCUGGGCAGGUGUACAAGGAUGAGCAGCUCUCCAUGGAAGCCCCUUUUGGGCGACAUGCUUCGUGUCUGGAUGAUAUGUGGGAUGUGUUGGACAAGCGUGCGUUCGCGCACACGCCGGCGGUGCAUGGAGAUGAUUUCUUUUCGGUAUCUUCCACGAAUGCUAGGAGUUCGUCUGCUGUUUCGCGUGCUGUAGCUUCUUCGGCGUUGCGUUCGACGGUGACCCCUUCGUGGAGCCAAGGUUCUUCGGCCGCCGUGAUGAGUGUUGACCCUCUACCUAAUGAUGAUCGGGACCCUUUUCUGUUGCACUACAGCGACUGGCCGUUGCAAGGACACUUCCAAGAGGUGUACAACGUCGCUAGUGAGAUGGCUCUAACCAAGAAUGAUCCGCCAUUGUUCACCCCUUGGUCUCGGCUGAAGAGUGCCGCAACGCGCUUGGACUGUACAAGGGCAAGUGCCUCAACUGCUUGGGAGAAGACCACUCCUUCAAAUCCUGUAAUCGUGGUUUCGUGA